AUGGACGCCGUGCCAAGGGACCUGUGGCUGGCGGUCUUCGAGGCGCUGGAGGGGCGGGACCUGGCGAGGGCCAAGUGCGUCUGCAGGAGGUGGCGCGACCUGGCGGGCAAUGAGAACACGUGGUUUCACGUGGUGGCCUCGGAUUUCGGUCAGCUGGGCGCCUUCGUUGGCGCACAGAGGAUUCCAGGCCGCACCUGGUCCCACAGGGCCAAGGUCAUGCACCAGGAGCCGCUGUACAUGAACUUUAGGCAGAUGGCGCGCCUGCACGGCUUGGUGCGAACCACCGAAUCCUGGACCCUGGAGAUUCGCAAGCCUGGGUACCAGUGGGAGAGUCACGGCGAGCUGCUGUUCAGGUCUACCCCCUUGGGUGUGCACUUCAUGGGCCAGGGCUUGGCCCUGACCUGUGACAUACCCCUGGAGCAACUGGAGGCAUACUCCCGCGAGUGGGUGUAUGUUAUUGGCUGCGAUGCAGAUGGGGAGGAGUACAUGGUAUCCUGUGCACGGCUAAGCACUGCCACACCCCGCUCACGAAACGAGACAGUCUGGUCAAGCAGCUGCAUGUUGCCACGGGAUGGGGAGCUCAAGGUGGUGGGGCAGGGACUGUUUGGGGCACGCAACAGCAGCUCGGGUGGUGUGGAGGCGGAGCGUUGUGUGACAGUGUUUGUCCACUAUGCACAGACAGUUUUCGGUACCCCCCCACCGGGCCAUGACAUGUGGGUUGACGAGAUGAAGAGCCCCCGCAUAUGUGGGGUACCGAAUUGGCUGGGCAUCCCCAACGCAUGCGUGUUCAUGGAUGUGUUUGACAUCUGCGGUGUGCACCACUGCUCCCUGGUCAUCAAUCUUGUGGGCUGGCGGCAGGUGCCAGACCGGUUGACGGACUUCCGCCCAUGGUUCAGCGUGGGCUUGGACACGCUCUCUGCUGAGGCACCCAAAGACCACAGCAUGCGCCUGUACUGCCACGUGUGCAUCUUCGAGCUGAUGAAGUACCGCGGCACGGUAAAGGGAAGAGAUGUCUAUGAUGACGGCCUGUUCAUCGAGCCCAUGAGCUGGGUGGAGUGUGAGCUGAGGUACCGGGGCGACUCUCCAGGGCCUGUGGGUUUGAGGAUCGCUGGGAAUGGCGAGUUUGGGAUGUCAAGCUUUGAGUGUUUGGUGAUGGGGAUGGGCACAAGGCAGACGAUCGUGUCUUUGGAAAAGUCGAAACGCACCAUCCGCCGUGGGUCGGGCACCUUGCACUGGUGGUGA